GUGGAACUACUACUGCUGCUGCUGCUGCUGCUGCUGCUGCUGCUGCUGCUGCUGCUGCUGCUGCUGCUGCUGCUGCUGCUGCUGCUGCUGCUGCUGCUGCUGCUGCUGCUGCUGCUGCUGCUGCUGCUGCUGCUGCUGCUGCUGCUGCUGCUGCUGCUGCUGCUGCUGCUGCUGCUGCUGCUGCUGCUGCUGCUGCUGCUGCUGCUGCUGCUGCUGCUGCUGCUGCUGCUGCUGCUGCUGCUGCUGCUGCUGCUGCUGCUGCUGCUGCUGCUGCUGCUGCUGCUGCUGCUGCUGCUGCUGCUGCUGCUGCUGCUGCUGCUGCUGCUGCUGCUGCUGCUGCUGCUGCUGCUGCUGCUGCUGCUGCUGCUGCUGCUGCUGCUGCUGCUGCUGCUGCUGCUGCUGCUGCUGCUGCUGCUGCUGCUGCUGCUGCUGCUGCUGCUGCUGCUGCUGCUGCUGCUGCUGCUGCUGCUGCUGCUGCUGCUGCUGCUGCUGCUGCUGCUGCUGCUGCUGCUGCUGCUGCUGCUGCUGCUGCUGCUGCUGCUGCUGCUGCUGCUGCUGCUGCUGCUGCUGCUGCUGCUGCUGCUGCUGCUGCUGCUGCUGCUGCUGCUGCUGCUGCUGCUGCUGCUGCUGCUGCUGCUGCUGCUGCUGCUGCUGCUGCUGCUGCUGCUGCUGCUGCUGCUGCUGCUGCUGCUGCUGCUGCUGCUGCUGCUGCUGCUGCUGCUGCUGCUGCUGCUGCUGCUGCUGCUGCUGCUGCUGCUGCUGCUGCUGCUGCUGCUGCUGCUGCUGCUGCUGCUGCUGCUGCUGCUGCUGCUGCUGCUGCUGCUGCUGCUGCUGCUGCUGCUGCUGCUGCUGCUGCUGCUGCUGCUGCUGCUGCUGCUGCUGCUGCUGCUGCUGCUGCUGCUGCUGCUGCUGCUGCUGCUGCUGCUGCUGCUGCUGCUGCUGCUGCUGCUGCUGCUGCUGCUGCUGCUGAAGC